UUCUGUAUGCGGCAUGCCAUGGUGACUUUUUCUCUUUGAAAGCCUUUAAAGAUCACUAAAGUAGGUCAGUUGAGAUGUUUCAACAUUUCAAGAGGGACUUCGCAUCGGGGGGGAGAAAGAACCAUUUUGAAACACUCCACUCCCUACUACCUUUAAAAAGAAUUCUUGGCCACCUUGGAAAUAAUACGUGAUCGAAGGAAAAAUCGCAGUCGCUGUCCUUCAGGGGGAGUAUCGAGUUUAUUCAUAACUAAAGGACGAUUUGAAUGGCGAUCUUUAUGAAAUGGCAUCCAGCGUCUCCAUCUUCUCCGAUCUUUUCAAGGAAGUUUUUGGUGGCAACUGUUGUCCUCAUUAUCUUUAUCGUUUACGUGUCUAACUUGGGAAAGAUGAUGAGCGUGACAGAUGACAAAGCGUACAUACAGUACCGAACAGGCAUGGGAAAAACGGAAAAAUUCAGUACCACGCCCGACACUUGUCAACCAAAAGAGCACGUACUUUUCUUGAAAACUCACAAGACAGGAAGCAGUACAAUCACAAACAUACUCAACAGAUAUGGAGACUUUCACAACUUGACUUUCGCUCUUCCCCAAGAUGGUUUCUUCAAUUUCUUCUGGCCUCUGUCGUUUGAAAGUACUUUUGCAGCGGAUCUGAAAGGGAAAACGCCGAACAUUUUCUCCAAUCACGCGAGAUGGAACAGAAAAUCCAUGACUGAGUUGAUGGGCCCGAAUGCAGUUUUUAUUACCAUCCUUCGAAAUCCUGUCUCGCAGUUUGAAUCAACGUUUUCAUACAUGGAGUUUGCUCAGUUGCUUGGAAUGACAGCUUCAAAAAAUCCCCUAGCAACUUUUUUUGUCGAUCCUACCAAUACCCUAGCAAAACUUUCAGAUCUUUCAGAAUCUGGAUCUGUUUUUCCAUAUCUAAACUUGUUGAAAAAUGGACAAUUUUUUGAUUUGGGAUUGGAAAAAGAAAAAUAUUUUACCGAUGAAAAGAUAAAAGAGGCGAUAAAUGAAAUCAAUGAAAGUUUUCCCCUCGUCCUCUUAAUGGAGUACUUUGACGAGUCACUCAUUUUACUCGCCCGAGAGCUCUGUUGGGACAAUCGAGAUGUUGUGUAUUUCAAGCUCAACCAACGGAAAUCCUCCGACGCCAACACGAACAUUUCCAACGAACUUGCGCAUAAGAUUCGGCAGUGGAACAGAGCUGAUAUGUUACUUUAUGAUUAUUUUAACAGAACGUUUUGGAAGAAAGUUGAAAAGUUUGGGAAUAUGUUUUGGAUUAACGUUCAUAGCUUGAAAAAUUACAACAAAAUGUUGGAGGAAGAGUGCCUACUUCCUGGCGAAUAUUUUGCAAAAGCGUAGGCCAAGCAGUCGAAAUUUGUCCGAGGGUACGUCUUGAAGGAGAACUUCAAUCCUCAACUGAAGCGUCCUUGUGGAAAAAUGAUAACUAAUGAGAUAGACUAUAUGGAAUAUUUGAGAAGAAAAAUAUUAAACUAAACUGCUUAUUGCU